ACGAAAAUCAGUGCUACCACCUGUAGUGUUCUAUGAAAUUAUUUCGUACGCAGUCGGUGAAUUUAUUUACAAGUACUAUUUUGCAACUACUUUGACAAUUAUAGAAUUCAGUUUGCUGAAUUUAUUUCUGAAAUUGACUUAAAAAAAUGAAAUGACAAAGUUGUGAAGCUUUUUCUUUGUUAUUGGUAUGUUUGGUAACAGGUCCUCUAGACCUAUAGUAACUAUAGAAUAAAAUAUGGUCGUGCGUGUUGCUUAAAACAGAUAGUAGUGAUGUGUGAACAGACUGAAAUUAACUAUUUGGAUGGAGAUAUAGUUUGGGUGAAACUGGGAUCAUGUUGGUGGCCUGGAGAGGUAGUGGGCUCAGAGAAGCUACCACCUGACGUACUACCAUCGUUUCGGAAGCCACCUAUUGCUGUUGUCAAGUUCUUUCAAGAAGAUACUUAUGAAUAUGUAAAGAACUUUAACAGCAUAUAUAAAUACAACUGCAGUCGCAAAAAUGAAUUCAUCAAUAAAGGAUUAUAUAUGUAUAGAACAAAACAUGGACAUAUGGAAAAGUUUCCGGAAGAUGUUAUACGAGCUGAAACUGCAGUGGGAGGGGACAUAAAGAUAUUAACAAGAGAUGAGUUUCAAGAAACAAAGAAAGAAAGCUAUGCAGGCCUUUUUGGCACACCGUCAAAGAAAUCACCUGGUUCAAAUAAAAAAGGAAAAAGUGGACGUGGAAGACCUCCAGAUUCAACUAAGCUAUCAACACCUAUAAAAAAGUUUAAAGAAAAACCAAACUACAAGGUACAUAUAUUGGUUCAAGGGUCAAAAACUCCUAAUCAAUUUACUGAAACUGCAUCUACACCAUCUACAAGUCGUGCUGGGUCAGAACCUUCAGAAAUAAUUGAAAAAAAAGAGAACAAUAAAAAUGAACAGGCAGAAACAAUUAACAAACAACAAACAAUUUCCACACCAACCAUGACAAGUUCCGGUUUAUAUGCUUGCCAUGCAUGUCAAUUUACAACAACUCGUCUCAAUGUUUUAAUAUUACACAACAAAAGUCAUAGUGUUACGUUUACUCCAUACACACCAUCUCCAGUUAGAAAGAAACAAGUGAAAACAGCAAAAUCGACACCUCUCACGACAAAAACGCCAAAACAAAAAAAGCCACGUCCAGAGAAAUCUGAGAAUAUAUCUAAAAAGUCACCGGGUCAUAAACGGGCAGCAGACCCAGGGUCUACUCCUGAAGUGAAAAAACCAAAAACUGAUGAAGAAAUUAAGAGCAGUCUUUUAGCUGAUUGGGAUGACGGUGAUGAAGAAUCUAAUGAUGAAUCAACUAUGGUAAUGGCAGGAUCACCAGAAGUUCCUGUUGCAGCAGAAUCUCCAGCUGUACCUACACCAGCAGAACUACCAAGUGCACAAGUUCCUGUAGAGGUAUUAUCAGAAAAAAAAUCAGAUGACUCAGCAGAAAAACCUGAGUCAUCAAGUGAUUCAAAAUAUGAAUUUUGUGAAGAUGAAGACUGGCCUGUUGAAGCUGACAUUGGCAGAAAAAUUCCACGUGUGAAAAAUCCAUCAAAGCGGAAAGGAGAAACAAAAAGUGUAAGUAUUGAUGAAGAUGAAAUGGCCAGAGAGGUAGCAGAGUUACUUAAUAAAACUACUCUUCCGGAAUUACCAUCAGCUCCUGAACCUUUAAAAGUGGAGGAAAAUUUUCCGGAACCUUCGAUCGUCAAGUCCCCAGAUAAAAAACAAGAUAAUACACAAGAACAAAUAGCACACGAAAAAAAAAAUUUAAGUGACACCUUACCACCUAAAACAAUAUUUAAAACAAAAACUUUUUUUCGGAGUCGACAUUCUAGAAGUCAAGAUGCAAUAGGUAAAUAUGUAGCUGAGCAGCUUAAUGCUGCAGAAAGAAUGGACAUUGUAGAUAGUGAUAUCAAUGGCGCCGAAGUAGUCUCAUCACCAGAAACACGCAUGUCGCCUCCUGUUGAACACGUUAAAGUUGCCCGCUUGGCACCGAAAAUACAGCUUAAAAAAAUGAAAGCCGAAGCAGCACAACUGCGAGAAUUGGAAAAGUUUAAUGCUGAGAAAUCAAAAGAGGAUUCAACAGCUAAUUCUAAUUCUACCUAUUUAUCCGAAUUAUCUUUCGUUGAUACGAAAGAUCAUAGUAAUAAUAAUCAAAAUCCCGAAAGUUCUGGAGAGGUUGAAAUCAACUGUAAAAAUGUUGAAAACAUUGAUAGUGUCUCUUUAAGUUUAGAUUAUUCUAAAAAGAAAAUAGAAGAUAAAAUGAAUAAAAAUGAUAAAAACAACGAAAAAGAGUAUUUACUUGAAAGCACGCCCGAUAAUACAAUUGAGAAGGGUAAUACUCCUGUUGUAAAAUUUCCUGAAGAUAAUCAUCCAAAAUCUUUUGAACCGUUUAUGAAUGAAUCCACUGCAUCUGCUGUUGAUGCAUUAUUAAGUGUAUCCCGAGAAACAGAUCGAGUAACGAAAGUGAUAAGUGACGAUCCCCCUGAAGAUUUAUUUGAAGAUGACAAUAAGGAUAGUAAUAAUACAAGUAAUAUAAAUGGUUACAAUAACUACAAAAAUAAUAGUAUAGAUGAAUGUAAGGAACAGCCUUACACUGGACUCAGUAAAGAAGAUGAAACCUUUCAACCCAUAAAAAAUAUGGACGUAUCUCAAGAGGAAAGUAAUGAAAUAGCACAAAAAAAUGUUGACAUGGAAACUAAUCAACCAGAAUUAAUAAAUACUGCAAAUGCUGAUAUGACAAAAAAUAAUACAAAAGUUAUGGAAGAUGUUUUACUGAAUAAAUAUAGUAACUCAGAAAUCGUAACGAAUGAUACAAGUAACGUCUUAGGCGUUGAAAAUACACCAACAGAGUCUGACUUACAAAUUGCAGAAGCUCUUAUAAAUUUGCCAACCACUACAAUAAAUAAAGUAUCUAUUAAAACUCAUGCAGACACCAACCCUUUAACUACUCUGACAGAAGAAGUAACAGUUCAUAAUCAUAAAAAUAUACACCCAGAAAAACAUGAAAACAUUGCUGUAACAGAUGUUACUAAUUCUGUUAAUGUAGAAGAUCACACUCAUCUUGUUGAAUCAAGUAAUAAAAAUAUUAAUCCGCGCUUUGAGACAGAGCAAGAGAAAAGUGAGAACUUAAAUGCAGCACAAUCUUUAGUGCAAAUGUCAGAAACAAUUGAUCAUAAUGUAAAAAUUCUUGAUAUUGACAUGCCAAACAAUGAAAUAUUACAAAGAAAUGUAAAAAUCAAAGAAGACAAUCUAAAAGUAGGUUCUUUAGAAGACGAACAAAAGGGAACAAAUAAUGAUUCUAAUAAAAAUUUGAUAGCCAUGCGUAAAUCUCCAGAGUUGGAAAUUAAGUCCUCGAAAUUGUUAAAAAUCUUAGAAGAACCGUGUUUACCUAAAUUGGCUACAGCAAAGAAAACUAUUACAAAACAAUUAAUUGUGCCUGGAAAAGAAAAAAUACUAAACUUUGAUGUUGGAAAAUCUCCCAUUAAAACCAAACCUAACUCACCUAAGCAGAAAAUAAUUAUACGUCGCACCACAUCAAGUAAGAAUCUUUUAAAUAGUAUGACUGAAGUAACUACACCUGACAAAAUUAUUUUAUCUCGUACAAAUAAGUCUGCACAAGAUGGAUCAUCAGUUCAAACUUAUACAAUCCAAACAACUCCAGAAACACAAACAGUAGCAGAUAAGAAUACAAUCAUAAUACAACCGAAGAUCCGUAAAGUAACAAGACCGCCAUCAAAAUUGACAAAAAUCAAACCCCAUCAAACAUCGCUUGUGACUGAUAAAACAGUUCAAGUAACUAAAGGCAAGGAAGAACCUUUAUUUGAUAUAAAUUCAAUGCCUAUUGUAAUUUCCGAUGAUAUUUUAACACCCGAAAAUAUUGAUAAAAUGCCAAUAGUAAUGUCUGAUGGUAAUUUAAUUACAAACUCUAAUAAUCCCCCUAAACUUGUUAAAACUAAACAAACAUCGGUUGAUAAUGAAAAAGUUCCCAUAAGUGCAGUCACUUCUAAAUCUGAAAUAAAAACUUUAUUGAUGAGUACAAAUAAUGAAAUUAGCAAAGUUACGACUCCUAAUAUUCUUUCAAAAUCAUCAAAAUUGCGAGGGGCAAAACCAAUGUUAGUUUUUGAUAAAACAACAGGAAAGCAAAAAAUUAUUAUGACGAAAACUGAACCUGCAUUAAAAGAAAUUAAACAACCUCAAACAUUGAUACAGCCAGCGACUCAAAAUACUCCGAAGACGGAAAAAUUUAUAAUUUUACCCACAACGAGUUCUUCUCGUCCAGCUAGAACACAAAAAAUUGUUAUUGAUCCACAAACAGGUAAAGCUCACGUUCUUGUGGGUAAGGGACCAGAAACUACUACAACCUUAGCUGAUAAUAAACCUGUGUCAGCAAAACUUAUACCAGGUGCCAAUACCCCAGGAAAUACAGUAAUGAUUAUUACGAACGCUGAAGGUGCUCAGUCGAGAAUAGUUUUGACACCAGAACAUGAAAAGAUUCUGUUUCCUAACAAACAACAACCAAAUGUGUCACAACUUAAAACGUUUACCCAGCGUAUUACGCCUAAUGUUGCAUCAGGUCAAAAAUCUAUAGUUUCAACUGCUAUGUCUACAAAAACGCAUACUAGAAUUGUGCCGAAGCAAAAGAGUGCUAUUAUUACUUCUAAAGGCCAACUAAUUGUAGGUGGGCGCAUAGCUACAACUGCGCAAAACAUAGCUCCUUUACCAGAAAUAAGGCCAGCGCCAAAACGAAUAUUAGCGUCUGAACCCAAGAAACUUGUUCAAGCGAUACAAAAGAAUUCAUCAGAGCCCUUAAUAUUUUUAAAACAAAAAUCUGGUGCAGUGAUGCAAUUAACUGCAGCACAAUUUGAACAUUUACAACGGACGGGUCAGAUUAUACAAAAAACACCCACACCUCCUCAAGAAAAUAAAAUAAUAGUUCAAAAGUCUAUUACUAUAACUCCUAAUGAAUCUAUAGUUCCUACUAUUCAAAAGCAAAGGGUAAGAAAACAAAUCAAUGAUUCACCAAUGCCAACCAAAAAAAUUAAACAUGAGAUUGCAAUUGCACCAGCACCUAUAUCAUCAAUACCCGCACUUACACCGAUAUCCAAUACGAUUGUACCGUCUCAAGCUACCAACAUUUCUAGUACUAAUAACGCAUCUGUAUCGAAUUAUAACGAUUUAGAUAAUAUUGAGGAACUUUUACCGUCGACGGCAAUUUCUAGACAAGAACCAAUGUUAACUCAAACAGAACUUUGUGCACAACCUCCUCCUACACCUCUUUCUGAUGGUCAACUGUUGGCAGUACCUGGUGAACAUUUUGGAGGACCCACAGGAUCGUUUUAUCUUUGUGUUGAAGAAAAUGGUACAUUUACAGUUAUAGAUAAUCGUCCAUUAGUUUUAGAAAAUAGUCAGCUUGUACCAAUGGCUGAACCAUUGCAAGUACUUGCUCCUCAACCAGAACGUAGGGAUAUUUUAGAGGCAGCGCUGGCUAAUAGUGACGUAUUUCACGCGGAAACUACACGAGACGAUGCACCAGAUUUCAGAGAUUUAAAUGCAAAUGUAUCAGUCCAUUGCCGCGUCUCAGAAACUAGCACGACUCUUAACCAACCAAUCAUGACACCUGUAGAAGUUCCAACAAAAGGUGACAGCGAGCCGACAGUGGCUUCAAAUUUGGAAGAUGGAUUAGCUGUUAUUGGUGUUACACCUCAAACUGUACCAACUUCAUUAGAAUUGCCAAUUACAGUAACUGAUCCUCGGAUAGCUCCCAAGACGACGGAUCCAUUAAGCAGCAACAAUUACGCAACAUCACUAUUAACGUCACCUAAUACAGAUAUUACAUUUACGACAGCAGAAGAGGCAGACGUACCAAUUGUCGGUCCCAUAUCCAUGCCUCUACUCACAGAUGAAGAGGCUGGUGGUAAAUCGAUGCCGAUUUUAACAGAUGAGGUCGCCGAUAGAUAUGUUUCGUCCGUAGAAUCAACUAUAGAUUCGCCGUCGUCAAUUGAUGUGCGUGAGUCCGAAAAUGAAGACUGUGGACAAUGGCCUCGGCGACUACUGACGCCAUGUUCUGACACGUCUGAAACUUCUGCUGAAAUACCUUUACAACCUAAUAUGCAGUUGUCUGUAAACGAUUUGUCUCACAACAGCUAAGUAUAAUCUGUGAAAGUUGAAAUGUAUUUUAUUUCAUCAUUGUAUCACAUCCAAUAUUUAUUAGAAAUAUUUUGGUUCUCAAUAGCUGUUAGAUAAAAGUGCAAUAGAAUUAAUUUGAACAGCUAUUUCUAAAAUGUUUUCAAAAUUGUACAAUAAGUACACAUUUUUAUUAUGAUUGAUUUUUAUGAUAGCAAAAGUAAGUUAGGUUACUGAAAGCUUUUAAAAGUUUUGCAAACGUUCAGAACGUGCAUGUAUAGAUGACGGUGUAAAUAAUAAAAUAAGAACUGGACUUUUAAAAUAGGCGCAUAACACUAACUAAUCUGGACUAUGCAUUCAAACAAAUAUCAACAUAUGCAAUGUUGCAUUGCGAAUAGAAUAAGAAUUAUAAUUGUAAAUUUAAAUUGAAUUAUGUCUUGUUGGAUCCCAUGUGUAAUAUAUUAAAAGUUAGGUAUAUUAUAAUAUUUUUAUAACAUUUAGUGAUCUUUGGAAUAAAAUAUAUUAAUUAAUAAUGUACAAUUCCCAAAAAUUUGUACGUGAUUAAUUUGUGCUAUUUAAGUUAUGUAAUAAACCUCUUUGUGUUAUUUUCAAUUGAUGAAAAUUGUGAAUCAUAAAAAUUAGUUAUAUGCAUUUUGGUGUCUCAUUAAGAGUAAACUGAAUGUAGUACUAUGAUUAGUGUUAAUGUUAAGUACAAUAUUUGUUGAAAUAACUUAAUAUUAUGUCAAAGGCACAUAUUUGUUUUUUUGAGCGAUCUAUGUCAGAAUCUAGAUCAAACUAUAAAAAUGGAGUCUAAUAAAUAUACUUCUGUGUAGUUUAAGGUUUUAAUAAAUAAACUCUAUUCA